UUGACAGUUGAUGCUGGCACGUUGGAACAGCAAGAUAAAAGUAAAUCUGCGGAGAGACAUCAAAACAAAGGAAACGCAAAAAUAAACUGAAAAACAAAUGUAAUUAGAUAAUAAUGGAUACACAACAGCAAGAAAACCAAACGAAUAACAAAAUCAAAUGUGACAGCGAAAAGUGUCGGAAAAUUAAGAGAUUCGUAAUUAUCGCUUUACUUAUCACCAUUGGCAUUCUGAGCUGGCAUUUCUACGAAUAUUUCCAUAGUAAGCCGUUGCCCAAAACGCCAGAUGAUGUGCUGACCUUGUCCCAAGCACUCUUUGCCGAAGAAACAGCGUCCAGUCCGUAUCUCUACAAUGUAAAUCUCCAGGUCAAGACGAGAUCUGGCGCACAUGAUGAUCGGGCACCCCACCCUCUCUUUGAGCUGCAUUACGAUUUGCUGACUAGGGAUGUUAACUCCACAACAGCUCUGUUGAUGCGGCUCUUCAACAACUAUGAACUGGAUGUUGCGGUGCCGGAUCAGAUUACGGCCGAGCAUGAGCAGGAGCAGCUGGAUUUUCUGCGAGCCGUCAUGAACACACGCGUCAUGAAACUCUCUAUGCGUUUUCUGGUGAAAAGAGGCAUUGUCAGCAGCGACUAUGAUGAACAGCUUAAGUUACUGCAGGAGCUUUGGUUCACGCCAUACUCCAGAGGAAAAGGUAUUGUGGGCAGCUCCAGCUUCGAGCACGUCUUCAUGGCCGAACUUCGGGAUCAAAAGGUACUAGGCAUGCACAAUUGGCUAUACUUCGCCGAGCAGGAGCAGCAGGGUCACGUGAACUACAAAGGCUGGUUGAAUCGCUUUGAUACGGGAAGGCACAAUCAAUUUGCGUUGGCUUUUCGCAUGAGCUUCUUUGGAAUAGAAAAGUCGUUCAAUGGCUUUCUUGUGGGCACUUCGCCAGAGCUGGAAAUGAGUCUAUAUACAGUAUGCUUUUUAGCCACAGCAGAGAAGGAACCUUGCGAAAUACAGCUUGGCACGGCCAAGUUGUCCAUUGUGACGCAUGUCUGGGACUGGAAGGGCAAGCGAUUGAUAGCUUCAACAUAUGUUGAGUUUCCAUAAAUGCAAUUGAGUCUUGGGAUAUACAUAGCACAAAUUCUAGUAUUCUAUAGUCAAGUACACUUCAUUAAGCGCAGGGAACUCUUAUUAUUAAGACUUUAAUCAUGAUACACAUACUUUAAAGUGCGUAUCAAUUUGUAUUAAUUGUGCAUUUUGUAUCAGCUAUUAUUUGUAAUAUUCCGCGUUAAAAACUUGCAUUUUACAAUGGUUUUUGUCUUAACGAACAAACUGCACGUUUUGUACUUAUUACAAUGUAUUUUCUCAGUGUAAGAUAGAUAGAUUCGAUAUAUACUGUUCUUAACGUAAAAUCCCGUUAAUGUGUAAAUAUGAAGGGCUUUUUCGGACAGGUAAUUGGCGACUGGUGACGCCUAAAGUGCGUGCCAACGUCAAUUUCUGCGCCCGUCAGUCAUAGGCUCCCUGCCAGCCAAACAGCUCAGUUUAUUUGUUUUGACAGCUUUGUAUGGUAUUAAGACGUUCCCUGUUAUAUCUACCCAGUUGUUUAUUAGUUUUAACGUUUAUGUUUAUUGAUUGUGUGCGGAAAUAUCUGCUGACCUUUAAUGCCACGCUUGAAAUUGAAACAAAGUGCGUAAUAGACGCGAAAAAGGCUAUCAGAAUCGAACAAAACUAAUUUGCAGACUUAAUACUAAAUUGUUAAGAAUGAUUUAUAUCGCUAAACUUUGGCACGCACUUUUCAUUAUGAAGGAAUGUAAAUUUGAUCCUAUUUAUUACUUAUUCAAUUCUUAUCACUCAUUACGUUAUUUUGUACUAUUUUAUUUGGGAUUUCCUAGUCCAGUCCUAUCGUAUGCAAAUAUUCAAGGAUUUUUCUAAGCAUUAGGGGUUCCGUUUUCUAAAAAAUGAAUAAAACCUUAAACAAUAUGCAUAUGUAUAUUCGCAGCGAAAACCUACUCGCCUUUUGAAUUGAUAUAUUUUGGUUGAAUCCAACAAAUAAAAAAGUAAUUGAUAUAAAAUUAUUAUCCUCAGAUGCUUUUUAAAUGCUUCGUUAAAAAAUAAAUAAAUAAUUAAAUAAUUUUAAAAAUUACAAGCUGAAUUCGAACCGAACCUGCUCGUACCCGGAAUUCUAUUAAAUUGUUUACGAUUAGCCAACGAACCAAAACUAUAGGUUAACUAAAAACCAUUUGAGGGAAAUCUAGCCCCAAGGCAUAAUUAGCUUGUAUAGAUGCGAGGUAAACGUGGUUCCCGAACCGAAGCUAGAGGCAGGCUGUUGAUGCUCAUCGUAAGCCGAAACCCCAAUACUUUUUUUUUGGGUUUGUAGCUCCGGAAAAUAGUUUGUAAUUUCCUUAUAUAACCAUGAAUUAAACAAAUAUAUUUUGAUCAAA